UGUGGACAAUGCAAAUAGGCUAGAAUUAUAGAUGCCCGGUUAUUUGAGGAAGCUUACAUUCAAAGAGUAUAUUUGGCUUAAAAUUUUUAGUUUGAAAAUUUUCUCAGAGCUGAAAGCAAAAAAUGGGCAAGGAUGGAUCACCAAAACCCUAUUAUCAGUUUGAUCCAAAGAGAAACCGUCUCACAUGGAUUUUAGGGGUUAGUGGGCUAUGCAUUUUAUCUUACAUAAUGGGUGCAUGGAAGAACACUCCAGCACCAAACCAAUCUGAGGUCUACACAAAAGUAGAUUGUAAACCUCAAUCAGACAUGGCAUCUUCAGCAGUUCAAUCAGGUUCUUCUUUAGACUUUGAAAGCCAUCAUCAAAUUGAUCUCAAUAGUUCUGGAGGAGUGCAAGAGUUUCCACCAUGUGAGAUGACAUUUAGUGAAUACACUCCAUGCCAAGAUCCAGUGAGAGGUCGCAGAUUUGACCGAAACAUGUUGAAGUAUAGGGAGAGGCAUUGCCCCUCCAAGGAGGAACAACUAUACUGUCUCAUACCUGCUCCACCAAAAUAUAAGACACCUUUUAAAUGGCCUCAGUGCAGAGAUUAUGCCUGGUAUGACAAUAUUCCUCACAAAGAGCUUAGCAUUGAGAAAGCUGUUCAAAACUGGAUUCAAGUUGAAGGUGACAGAUUCAGAUUCCCUGGUGGAGGUACUAUGUUUCCACGUGGAGCUGAUGCUUACAUCGAUGACAUUAAUGAGCUUAUUCCCCUCACCAAUGGUAAUAUCAGAACUGCAAUUGAUACGGGGUGUGGUGUAGCAAGCUGGGGUGCAUACCUUUUGAAAAGGGAUAUCAUAGCUAUGUCCUUUGCACCUAGAGAUACACAUGAAGCUCAAGUCCAGUUUGCAUUGGAAAGAGGAGUUCCAGCAAUGAUUGGCAUCAUGGCUUCACAGAGGAUUCCAUACCCAGCAAGGGCGUUUGACAUGGCUCAUUGUUCUCGCUGCUUGAUACCUUGGCAUAAAUUUGAUGGUAUGUAUUUGAUUGAAGUGGAUAGAGUUCUGAGGCCAGGUGGCUAUUGGAUUCUCUCUGGCCCACCUAUCAGAUGGAAGAAAUACUGGAGAGGGUGGGAUAGGACCCAAGAGGAUUUGAAGCAAGAGCAAGAUGCUAUUGAGGAUGUAGCCAAGCGCAUAUGUUGGAAGAAAGUAGUUGAGAAGGAUGAUCUCUCCAUUUGGCAAAAGCCUAAAAACCACAUGGAAUGUGUACAAAAUAGACAGACUUAUAAAACACCACACAUUUGCCAAUCUGACAAUCCUGACAUGGCUUGGUACCAAAAUAUGGAGAAGUGCAUAACUCCAUUGCCGGAAGUUACAAGCCCAGAUAGUGUAGCUGGAGGGGCACUAGAAAAAUGGCCUAAGCGUGCAUUUGCAGUCCCUCCUAGAAUUAGUAGUGGUUCAAUACCAAGCAUCGAUGUUGAGAAAUUUCAAAAGGACAAUGAAGUAUGGAGGGAAAGGAUAGCAUAUUACAAGCACCUCAUUCCUCUUUCCCAAGGGAGAUAUAGAAACGUCAUCGACAUGAAUGCUUAUCUAGGUGGAUUUGCAGCAGCCUUAACAAAAUUCCCAGUAUGGGUGAUGAAUGUUGUUCCCCCAAAUUCAGACCAUGACACACUAGGUGCAAUUUAUGAACGAGGUUUUAUUGGAACUUACCAUGAUUGGUGCGAGGCUUUCUCAACUUAUCCAAGAACAUAUGAUCUCAUCCAUGCUAGUAAUGUGUUUAGCAUAUAUCAGGAUAGGUGCAAUGUUACUCAUAUACUACUUGAGAUGGAUAGAAUUUUGAGGCCAGAAGGAACCGUUAUAUUCAGAGAUACAGUAGAGCUUCUGGUGAAGGUUAAAAGCCUUACUGAUGGAAUGAGAUGGAAAAGCAAUAUCAUGGAUCAUGAAAGCGGACCCUUCAACCCUGAAAAGAUUCUUGUUGCCGUAAAAACUUACUGGACUGGUGAAGCUAAAGUCAACAAAAACUAACAGAGAAAUAUCGUCACAACUUUGCGCUUAAACCCUUUUUGUUUCCCCUCCUAGGAAUUAAAUUAUACUUCUCUAUUUUUUGUCUAUAAAUUUAAUUAUUAUGUGAAUGAUUAUGUUUGAGAUUCUUAGAAUGUAACGUUACGAAAAGAAAAUCGUAGAUCUGAUACCAAAGCUCUUGUGACUUGUGAGGA